AUGAGCUCGAGUUUGAGCAUUUUUGAUAUUUCCAACCUGAUAGCACAUAAACACUCAGUGUUCAAUCAUCUUCCUUUUUAUUUGGUUGAUAAGAUCCUAUUAUUUUUGCCACUAGAUAGAAUACUAUUGCUCAGUCUAUCAAAUUACGUUUCUGUUCGAUACUAUGCUUCGAGCUAUCUAUUUAAAACUAUAGUCUUACUCAAUCAUAAAGGCUGGGUUAGCAGCGAGAAAACAAGUAUAAACUUGAAUGAUCUAUUCAGGCUUGAUGACGAUGAUUUUAAUAGAAAAUUUCAUACCUUAUCAAAGAAACGUAACUUGCAAAUCAUUCAAUCAGUGGUUUUCAUCAUCAAAAAUGAAGUCGAAAUCAGAUUUCCUGUCUUUGCAAGAUUGCUCAAUCUUUUAUUAUCUCAAAAUUCAAAUCAUUUACUACAAUUCAACUUUUCUUAUCAUAAUUUCAAGAUUCUAUCAAAUUUCUUUGUUUUAAAAUAUUUGAAAAAAAUUCUAGAUUUACAAAGAAACCAUAUUAAAAUCGAAAAUCUACAAAAUUCGAAAAACAUAAAGGCCCUAGAUCUCAACUUAUUCAGUCUAUUUCUAUCCUUUAAUAAAAUUAGAAAAAUUGAAAAUUUAAACGAUUUGGUAAAUUUAAAGUAUCUCGAUGUGGUUAAUAAUCUAAUAAAAGAAUCUGAUCAUUUACAAUAUUUGGUUAAUCUUAGAAGCUUUGUAGCUUUGUUCAAUUCCUUGUCAAAUAUCAGGUUUUUAAUUAAUAAUCAUAAUCUAACUCAUUUAGAUUUAUAUAAAAAUAAAAAGUUUUCUGAUUCAAUCAAUAUACAUAGAUUUAAAAAUUUGAAGAUUCUAGAUAUAUCCUCAACUUUAAUUAGAGAUUUUUCUAUAGAUUUUAAUCAAUUUAAUAAUUUAUCAAAUUUAUCAAUGGAUUAUAGUAAUCUUUCAAAUUUUCCAAUUCCAAGUAAUAAUAAUAAUAAUAAUGAUAAUGGUAAUGGUAAUUUCCGCUCUUUAAAACUUCUAUUUAAAUUUAUAAACCUUGAAAAAUUGAUACUUAAUUUAAAUAAAUUAUCCGAAAUUGGUGAUGAGUUGCUUGCAUUGAAAAAUUUGGUAUAUUUAAAUUUAUCAUCGAAUAGUAUAAAAACAUUUGAUAGGGAGAAACUUGAUUGCUUUAAAAAAUUAGAUCAUUUAAAUUCAAAUAAUAAUUUAUUAAAUCAUUUUGAGAUUGAUGAAACCUCAUUGAAUAAGUUGGAAGUUUUAAAUUUAUCUCAUAAUAAUAUUAGUAAAAUUAGAUUUAUCAAUAAAUCAAAGGAAAUUCCAGCUAGGUAUUUAUCGAGGAUUAAGCAGAUCAAUUUAAAUACGAUUCAUUUUUCUGAGAAUCCAAUUACAGAUUCUGGAAAUUUGAGGUUUUAUCAUGUUCAAUUUUUAGAAGUUGAUGAUCAAGUUUACCACGAUUAUAUGAAAAGAUUUUUCAAAAGCUCUGUGGCAGAAAAACAAAAUAAAUGCAAUGGAGUUGAUGGAGAAUCGAAUGAAUAG